AUGGCGUCCGACCAAGAAGGCCCCACUCCGACGUCAUCUUCAGGUUUGAUCUCGGCUAGGUUCUCAUCGAUUGAGGCCCCCAAGCUCGAGGCCGUGAGGGGACGAUCAAAGUUGUCAGAACAGUCGUCGAAAACACACAUCCCAAGCUCCUCCUUCGGCCCGGAGAACGACCCCCCUAGACCAGCCGCGCCGCCGCACCGCCGCGCCGGCCUGCUCGACGCGUACUAG